GACACCGGGAUGGCCGGGAAGGUGGCGCUGCUCCUGUGGGCCCAGACCCUUGGCCUUGCUGGUGCUGAGACCACCCAGCUCCUGGUGGAGCCCCCCUGGAGGUCGGCAGUGCUGUGGGACCGGGUGACAUUGACCUGCCAGGGCUUGGGGAACACUGGUGUCACCACCUGCUACAAGGACAUGCAGUGCUGGAGGCAGGAGGGACACAACAGCCUCACUGUCACCAAGAAUGGCACCUACACGUGUGAGAGACCCAGCAGGGGGCUCAGCCCUCCUGUGAGAGUCUUAGAUGCCCCAUUGGUGCUGCAGGUGCCAGUGCGGGCACUGCUGGAGGAUGACACGGUGACACUGCACUGCCGGCGCUGGCGAGACAACCCGGUCAGCUCAGUGUCCUUUUACCGCGCGGAGAAGAAACUUCAGGAGCUCUGCAAUGGGACCGAGCUGUCCCUGUCCCCUCUGCAGCUGCAACACAGUGGCUGCUACAGCUGUGGGAGCAUGGUGAAAUCCAGGGUAUCAUGGGGAUGGGAGGAGUCGGAAUCAGUGACACUGACAGUGCAUGAGCUCUUCUCAGUGCCGGUGCUGGAGGGUCCCUCCGAGCCCACCAUGGGGUCCCCCCUGACUCUCAGCUGCCUCAGCACCCCCAGCCCCUGGGGCCCCGAUGUGUGGCUGGAUCAGGACGGGCACCAGGCACUCUGCCCUGAGCUGGCCCUGGAGGUGACAACACAGGAACAGGGCACAGCAGUGGCCGCAGGGGUCUGCGGGUCCCUCCUGUUCCUACUUCUGCUCCUGGCUGUCAUCAGGGGCUGGCACUAG